AAGGGAAAGAGGAGAGGGCGGGCGUUGCUUUCUUUGCUUCCUUCCUUCCACUACCCUCACGGGGUAGGCGGAGUGACAGCAUUGCUGCAAAUUCGCAUUCGGCGGCGGUGUGGUUAAAAAAAAAGGAGGAGGGGGAAAGAGUUUGAGGAGGUUAAAAAAAAACCUAGACAGCGACAUCUUUCUUGUCCUGUGGUGGUGGUUGUGAUUGCCGAGCGACGGCGGCAGGCAGCAGCUGUGAGCUUCGCAUCAUUAUUGUCAGCAGCAGCAGCAGCAGCAGCACCGCCGCCACCCUCCCUCUCUCCAUCACCAUAGACACCAGCAGCCACACUGAGAGAGAGAGACUUGAGAGGAACGAUCCAAACCACAGGCAACAAUCACUGAAAGGAAAACACAACUGCUGUACUCCACCCCCUCCCCCCCUAAAAAAAGAGACAAGAAAUCGGCAGUCAAUCAUGACAACUGCAACCUCACCUAUUCUGCUAAAAUGGGAUCCCAAAAGUCUGGAAAUAAGGACUGUGACAGUUGAACAGUUACUGGAACCACUGGUCACUCAGGUAACUACCCUUGUGAAUACAAGUAGCAAGGGCCCAUCAAGUAAAAAGAAAGGUCGCUCCAAGAAAGCACAUGUAUUGGCUGCUUCUGUGGAGCAAGCCACACAGAACUUUCUUGAGAAGGGUGACCAGAUUGCUAAAGAGAGCCAGGACCUGAAGGAAGAACUGCUAGUGGCUGUGGAAGAUGUACGAAAACAAGGAGAAUCAAUGAGAAUUGCAUCUGCAGAGUUUGCAGAAGAUCCCUGUUCUUCUGUAAAGCGUGGAACCAUGGUGCGGGCAGCUCGUGCUCUGCUAUCUGGGGUAACCCGCCUGCUGAUCCUGGCUGACAUGGCGGAUGUCAUGAGGCUUUUAACUCAUUUGAAAAUUGUGGAGGAAUCUCUGGAUGCUGUUAAGAAUGCAACCAAUGAGCAAGAUCUGGCAAGUCGCUUCAAGGAAUUUGGGAAGGAAAUGGUUAAGCUCAAUUAUGUGGCUGCUAGAAGACAGCAGGAGCUGAAAGAUCUCCACUGCAGGGAUGAAAUGGCAGCUGCUCGAGGUGCUUUGAAGAAGAAUGCUACAAUGCUGUACACUGCUUCCCAAGCAUUCCUCCGACAUCCUGAUGUGGCUGCCACCAGAGCCAACCGUGAUUAUGUCUUCAAACAAGUUCAGGAGGCUAUUGCUGGAAUUUCAAAUGCAGCCCAAUCCACUUCAAUGGCUGAUGACAAACAUGGGCAGGUUGGCAUUGGGGAACUUGCUGCAGCUUUGAAUGAAUUUGAUAACAAGAUAAUUUUGGAUCCGAUGCACUUCAGUGAACAGCGGUACAGGCCAUCUUUGGAAGAGAGGCUGGAGAGUAUUAUCAGUGGGGCUGCACUGAUGGCAGACUCUUCAUGUACACGUGAUGAUCGGCGAGAAAGAAUUGUGGCUGAGUGCAAUGCUGUACGACAAGCCCUUCAAGAUCUCCUCACUGAAUACAUGAAUAAUAGUGGCAGGAAAGAAAAAGGAGACCCUCUUAAUGCUGCCAUCGAAAAAAUGACAAAGAAAACCCGAGAUCUGCGCCGGCAGCUUCGCAAGGCUGUUAUGGAUCACAUCUCUGACUCAUUUCUGGAGACCAAUGUUCCUCUCUUGGUUCUCAUUGAAGCAGCUAAGAGUGGCAAUGAGAAGGAGGUGAAGGAGUAUGCACAAGUCUUUCGUGAACAUGCUAACAAGCUUGUAGAGGUUGCAAACCUCGCCUGCUCCAUCUCAAAUAAUGAAGAAGGCGUGAAGUUGGUUCGCAUGGCGGCAACCCAGAUCGAUAGCCUGUGCCCACAGGUAAUUAAUGCAGCGCUAACCCUGGCUGCUAGGCCUCAGAGUAAAGUUGCUCAAGAUAACAUGGAUGUCUUCAAAGACCAAUGGGAGAAGCAAGUACGAGUCCUGACUGAGGCUGUUGAUGAUAUCACUUCUGUUGAUGACUUCCUGGCUGUCUCAGAAAAUCAUAUUCUGGAGGAUGUGAACAAGUGCGUCAUAGCUCUCCAGGAAGGUGACGUGGACACACUCGAUAGAACUGCUGGAGCCAUUCGAGGGCGAGCAGCAAGAGUUAUCCACAUUAUCAGCGCUGAAAUGGAGAACUACGAACCUGGAGUGUAUACUGAGAAAGUAAUGGAGUCCACCAAGUUACUCUCAGAAACUGUCAUGCCUCGUUUUGCUGAACAAGUGGAAGUCGCAAUUGAAGCACUGAGUGCAAAUCCCCCACAGGCCUUCGAGGAGAAUGAGUUCAUAGACGCUUCACGCUUAGUUUACGAUGGAGUACGCGACAUCAGGAAAGCAGUGCUGAUGAUAAGGACUCCAGAAGAGCUGGAGGAUGAUUCGGACUUUGAGCAAGAAGACUACGAUGUGCGCAGCCGGACAAGUGUUCAGACUGAGGACGACCAGCUUAUUGCAGGGCAAAGUGCAAGGGCCAUCAUGGCUCAGCUGCCCCAAGAGGAAAAGGCAAAGAUUGCUGAGCAAGUGGAGAGCUUCCACCAGGAGAAGAACAAGCUGGAUGCCGAAGUGGCAAAGUGGGACGAUAGCGGCAAUGACAUAAUCGUGCUGGCAAAACAGAUGUGUAUGAUAAUGAUGGAAAUGACCGAUUUCACCAGUAGGGGCAAGGGUCCGCUAAAAAAUACAUCCGACGUUAUCAACGCAGCAAAGAAGAUUGCAGAAGCGGGGUCCAGAAUGGAUAAACUGGCUCGAGCUGUGGCUGACCAGUGUCCUGAUUCAGCUUGUAAGCAAGAUCUGUUGGCCUACUUGCAACGUAUAGCACUCUACUGCCACCAACUUAACAUCUGCAGCAAAGUGAAGGCAGAAGUCCAAAACCUGGGAGGGGAGCUGAUUGUGUCUGGGUUGGAUAGUGCGACCUCUCUCAUCCAGGCUGCCAAGAAUCUAAUGAAUGCAGUUGUUCUAACUGUGAAGGCCUCUUAUGUGGCUUCCACCAAGUACCAGAAGGUGUACGGCACGGCGGCUGUUAACUCUCCUGUGGUGUCCUGGAAGAUGAAAGCUCCUGAGAAGAAACCACUGGUGAAGAGGGAGAAACCCGAAGAGUACCAGACCAGAGUGAGGAGGGGAUCCCAGAAGAAGCACAUUUCCCCGGUACAGGCCCUGAGUGAGUUCAAGGCGAUGGACUCCUUCUAGAGCUGUGCAAACCUUGACGCCAGCCCUUUGAGCUGCUCAAUGAUGCUUUCGUAAAUUUAAGCAAAGUAAGAUGUCUUGAUGCUCCUAAGAUGCAAAAAGAAAUCAUUAACUGACUCCUAGAUAAAUUGGGAUCAAUCUGACAAUGAAAUGGGAUUUAAAUUAUAGCUUUAAAAAUAUAUAAAAUCUGGUAUUGCAUUGUUUAAAAACAAGGAAAUAAAAUGUGAUGGGGCUAUAAUGGCUAAGCAGUUUCCUAAGCUGAUCAAUCUUCUGUGCAUUAAGCUUUAGGGCUGUAAUAUCAAUGCUUAUAUGUUUCAAAUAAUACAAGACUGGAAGUAAAAAAAACAUAAAGCCAAUGUGUUCUUCUGUUUGGUGUAGUUUGAAGCACAACAUGUAACUUCAAUGGCCUUUUAUUUAUUUUAUGAUUAUACUAAUGACUGGCUGUGUUAGAAUAGUAGGAUUGUGCUUUCAAGAAAAAACUGAAACCAUAUUUAUUUUUGGGCAUUGGUGAUGCUCCCACAGCCCUGAAGCCUGAUAACUAAUUGUACUGACAGCAGAAGCGGCAACUGAGUGUACCUUAACCGUAACUUUUAACAGUUCCAGAAACCAGCUCUGCAAGCAAACCCAUGGAAUAAAUAGUCAAUAAUAUAAGGGGGAUUGUUUCACUGGGACAAAGUGCUUGUGAAGUGAGUCCUUAAUGAGUGGUUCACUCUCUGACAGUGCUGUGCUAGCCAGUAGAUAGUGAAUGAUGUGUUAGAGUGGAACAUGACAGUGAAUGAUGUAGAAUUUUGAUUUUGCUUAAUCCGUAGAUGACUAAAUAUGUCUUUGUAUCCUCCUGAUAGUACAAAUAAACUCUUCAACCAUCUU